AUGGAGGAUGGCAUUUUACAGUAUGAAAGUUAUAAUUCUCAUGAACAGUUUAUGAGUAGAAUAUGUCAUUUGGAAAAGGCUCACGCCAGUCAACAUUUGGUUUGUGGAGAAAAAGAUGCCAACAGGGAGAAGAUACUAUCGGAAAAACUUUUUGCGAAUUCAGAGGCUGAGGGGCUUAUACAUGGUGUCUCUAUUUGUUGGAGGGCCCCAAGAAUCACCAACCUUUUGUUUGCAGAUGAUUCUUUGAUCUUUUGUCAAGCAAGGCAGCGUGAGGUGCAGGUGAUUACUGAAAUCUUGCAAGUGUAUGCGGGAGCCUCAGGACAAUGCAUAAAUUUGGAGAAAUCUUCAGUGUACUUCAGUAGGAAUACAACUGUAGAGCAGAAAAACCGGAUCAUAAACUCUUUGGGAGUGAAGGAGGUGGAUCAGUUUGAGACUUAUUUAGGGCUACCCACAUUGGUAGGUCGAGCAAAAUACCACUCAUUCGCCUAUCUCAAAGAUAGGGUGUGGAAGAAGCUCCAAGGAUGGAAGGGUAAGCUGUUAUUGAAAGCUGGGAAAGAGUUGUUAAUUAAGGCAGUUGCUCAAUCUAUUCCCAUAUACACCAUGGGGGUAUUUCAAUUGCCCAAAAAGCUUUGUGACGAACUCGUCGCAAUGUGUGCAAGGUUUUGGUGGGGGCAGGAAGGAGAGGAGAGGAAGAUUCAUUGGACAAGCUGGAGUAAACUAACCGAGGCCAAGAAGAAGGGAGGUUUGGGGUUUAGGGAUUUAAGAACCUUCAAUUUAUCCAUGCUGGCAAAACAGGGGUGGAGGCUAAUACAGAAAUAA